AUGUCACCAGUUGGGAAGGAAGAUCCCGCCGACAUCCAAGCCAACCAUGUGGAAAACCCAGCAGACAAUAAUCAUCAGAGCAUUGACCCGGGCUGCUGGCGAUCAUUCCGACUUCUGGGCACCCUUACCGCCAUUGUUUUGACGGCAAACACCCUCUUCAUUGGCUAUUCCAUGCCCAUCAAUGUCCUCUCUGUGAUUGAUGCCGAGAUUGGCUCGCUCGCUCGCUACCUGCCCUCCAACGCCCGAACCGCUAACCUAGGCACCAGGUCCGUCACCCAACAUCUACUUACGGCUAUUGCUCUUGACAUUGGCCGUCUCGGCGACAUCAUCGGCCGCCGGUCCGUCGUGAUCGGUGCUCAGCUCUGCGCCGUCGUCGGUUCCAUCGUUUGCGCGCGAGCGAAAAAGGUCAACACUGUGAUAGCUGGAACGGUGCUUUCUGGCAUCGCUGGCGGCGCGCAGCAGCUUUAUAUGCUUACCAUCCAGGAGAUUGUUCCGAACAAGUACCGCAUUUACGGCCAAGCUCUCAUUACCCUCGGAAUCUUCCCUACUCUCGGCUUCGGCCCUGCCAUUGGGCAGGCCCUUCCUCUCAAGUCCAUUAAGCUGCUGAAGAUCCAGAACUUUGCUGCCGUUCUUAUUGUCGGCUGUGUGGGCCAAAUGGUAUUUUACUGUCUAAACGUGCUCUGGCCGAUGACGAUUACCGUGUUAUUCACCACUGCCAAUGGCAUCAUUGGUCUGAUGUCGAGUACAACCGGUGCCAGCUUGGCCCUAGUUGGCGACUGCGAGUGUCUUCCUCGCAGUCCUUUCAGCCCUGAUCUUACUAUCCUGGGUGGCUUCGGUGUUGGCUGGGUCGAAGACGUCGCGAUCCUCAUUGCUGGUUUGGUUGUUCCGCUCGAGGAUAUUCGUGCUGCCCAGGGACUCUUUGCUUCUAUGCGAGCUGUAACUGGCACCAUCGCCUGCAAGUGA